AUGGCUUCGUUUGCGAGCACCGUCGCGCUGGCGCCGAAUGCGGCUCUGUGUCGUUCAGACCUCUGCGGGGGGCGUCAUGAGGCUUCACUGAAGAGCAGGCAGCUGUUAGGAACUGGCUUCUCAACGUCCGUCGCACAAGGUCUGUCGGCUGAAGGAAAUGCGGUUCAGGUAUCGUCGCUUUCCAGAAGAGCGGCGACUCUCAGACGGCAAGGAGCCACGAGAUGCGGAUAUGCAGUGAAAGAGUCGCGGGGCGGAAUCGCAGGCGAGGGCUUUCGUUUUGGGGUGGUGGUGUCCAAGUUCAACGACAUUGUAACGAAGCCUCUACUGUCGGGGGCGAUUGAGACGUUCAGGAGGCAUGGCGUGGACAAGGACCACAUUGAGGUGGCGUGGGUGCCGGGCAGCUUUGAAAUUCCCCUCGUGGCGCAGGAGAUGGCAAAGUCGGGCAACUUUGACGCUGUGCUCUGCAUUGGCGCUGUGGUGCGGGGCUCCACCACUCAUUAUGAUGCUGUUGCGAAUAACGCUGCCAGUGGCGUCCUGAGCGCAGGUCUCAACUCAGGCAUUCCGUGCGUCUUUGGGGUGCUCACGUGCGAGACAAUGGAGCAGGCGAUGGACAGGGCAGGAGGCAAGCUUGGCAACAAGGGAGCAGAGGCCGCCGUCACAGCAAUUGAGAUGGCUAGCUUAAUGGCAAUGUUGCGUGCCUCCGGCUCAGCUGCCCUUGAAGCCCCCGAGUGA